UGCUCUACACUCACCGUUCAGGAGCUAUCAGUUUGUACCUUACAACUUCACUUUUGGAGAAAGAUCAAGUCUUCAGGCCAGUGGGGAGAGAGCAGUGAGAAGAGUGACAACGGAACAUGCAUCUAGAGAACAAAGAUGAUGGGCUGACCUCUGGUGUGCUGGAAAUGGAGCUACAUCAGGCAUCUGCUCCCAUGUGUGCUGGCCUAGGAAGGCCAGGGCUGGCAGGACUUGCCACCAGCAACUGCAGGCUACAGCAAGGAGUCAACAGGGUAGACCCCACAACCCCCUACCCCAACAGAGCAGCUGGGCAGAGCUGCUUGGCUUCUGUGGACCAGGAUUUUGGUUCAUUUCCUACAGAGUGGAGGUCUCAUUCUUCUUUACCUCAGUUCUCCAACUCCAGGUCAAAAGACUCCUGCUUUACAGAAAACACACCUUUGCUGAGAAAUUUCUCACAAGAGAAAGGGUCAUGGGGUAUGCCUUUUUGUCAUCCAGAGUUUAUCACUGCUGAUGAUUCUUGGGGGAACAGCUCAGCUGACUGGGAAGGAGGAUCCCUGCUGAGCAAAGACUUGGCUGGCUCCUCUGGAUCUGCCUCCCAUGAGAAAGGGGAGCUUCUGGACAGUGCUCACAUCAGGUCUCAUCUUUCAAAGCUGAGGCGCUGUAUACAGUGGCUGAAGGUCGCAAGCCUGUUUGUCUUUGUGGUGGUGUGCUCUAUUUUAUUCAGCCUGUAUCCAGAUCAAGGAAAAUUCUGGCAGUUGUUGGCUGUGUCACCCCUGGAAAGCUACUCUUCCAACCUUACCAGCCAUGCGGAUUCCACACUGCUCCAGGUGGACUUGGCAGGGGCCCUGGUGGCCAGUGGCCCAAGUCGUACUGGGAGAGAAGAACAUGUCGUGGUGGAGGUGACCCAGACCGAUGUUUCAGGCUCCAGACGGCGGCGGCCACAGCAGGUCACUCAGAAUUGGACCGUAUUUUUAAAUCCGAGGAGAAGUGAGCGCUUGGUGGUGAGCAGGAUCUUUGAGAUACUGAGCAGAGAUACUGUUUCUAUCAGCAUUCGAACCUCCCUCCAGCAGACCCAGGCUGUUCCUCUUAUGAUGGCUCAUCAGUACCUCCGUGCAAGCAUAGAAGCACAGGUGAUCAUUGCUGUGGUCAUCCUUGCUGGGGUCUACAUGCUGAUUAUAUUUGAGAUUGUUCAUAGAACACUGGCAGCCAUGUUGGGUUCCCUUGCAGCAUUAGCAGCACUGGCUGUGAUUGGAGAUAGACCUAGCCUGACCCAUGUGGUGGAGUGGAUUGAUUUUGAGACCUUGGCCCUGCUAUUUGGCAUGAUGAUCUUAGUAGCCAUAUUUUCAGAAACUGGAUUUUUUGAUUAUUGUGCUGUAAAGACGUACCGACUGUCUAGAGGAAGAGUGUGGGCCAUGAUCAUCAUGUUGUGCCUCAUUGCCGCUGUCCUGUCUGCCUUCCUGGACAAUGUCACUACAUUGCUACUUUUUACUCCUGUGACCAUAAGAUUGUGUGAGGUGCUCAACCUUGAUCCAAGACAAGUCCUAAUUGCAGAAGUGAUCUUCACAAAUAUUGGAGGAGCUGCCACUGCUAUUGGGGACCCACCAAAUGUCAUUAUUGUUUCCAACCAGGAGUUGAGAAAGAUGGGCCUGGAAUUCGCAGGAUUUACUGCACACAUGUUCAUUGGGAUUUGCCUCAUUCUGCUGUUCUCCUUUCCACUCCUCAGACUCCUUUUCUGGAACAAAAAACUUUAUAACAAGGAGCCCAGUGAUAUUGUUGAACUAAAGCAUGAGAUCCAUGUCUGGCGCCUGACUGCACAGCGCAUCAGCCCAGCCAGCCGAGAGGAAACAGCGGUUCGGGGACUGCUCCUGGGGAAGGUGCAAGCACUGGAGCACCUGCUGACCCGAAGGCUGCACACCUUUCACAGACAAAUCUCACAGGAAGAUAAAAAUUGGGAGGUCAACAUCCAGGAACUCCAAAAAAAGCACAGGAUAUCAGACAGAAUUCUGCUCACCAAAUGCCUGAUGGUGUUGGGAUUUGUUAUCUUCACGUUCUUUCUCAAUUCAUUUGUCCCUGGUGUUCAUCUUGAUCUUG